AUGGUUUCCCACGUAACAAGGAGUCCUCAGCUCAAGCUUUCACACUUACUAUCAUCCGUACCUGUUUUUUCCUUCUAUGAGGAGCUUGCCAACAUCUCACAGCCAAACGAAUCAAACUCUGUAUCACUUCUGCAACACGAUUUAUUCAAGAUUAACAAAGUAUUGGAGGAUGUUGAUCUAUAUCUUAAUGACUUGAUUAUUGUUUUCAACAACAUCAAAGAAGUGUCAAGACACGCAAUGAAUAUACUUGAUUGGUUUUAUGAAGGUAAAGCUGCAUUACAAAAUUUACUCCGAGAAAUGGAUAGUAUGGAUUCAAUUAUAUCCCAACUCCUAUUGGUGAUUGAGUCGGCUGAUCCUUCAAUGUACAUAAGCCAAGAGUUGAUCAGAAAGUUUGUGGAUGUGAGUGAUGUCUUGUUGGAUGUCAAGAAAUCCCUGAUUGUGGUGAAGAAGACCUUGGAGGUUUCUACAAAUUAUCAUGACUUGAUUGAGUCAGUUAUCAAGUCAUUAACAACUGAAAUUGAAGAGUGUACAAAACUGGUGAUCAAGAUGAAAGAUUGUAAGUUAUCGAGUCCAAAGAGAGUUUUGCCGCAAUUUAACUUGAAUGACAUUGUUUUUAAAAUGAAGAUUAACGAAUUUCCUGGCUCGUCAGUUUCGGUAAAAUCAAUUAGACUUCCAACCUUUAGUAAUUUAGAUGAGAAGCUUUAUGAAGAGUUUAUGCUCGUCGAACGCAAAAUUCCCCCGUUACGUGUAUCGCUUGAUAUUGUUCCCACAAAGAUUGAGGAAUUCAAUGCUCUCUGUCUGCUGAGUUCGUUUAAAGUGUCAAGAGAAUUUGUACUUUCUAGUUAUGAAGUGAUGUUAGAUAAAUGGAAGUGUUUGGAAGCUCAGUUUAAAAUUUUAAAACUGGAGAAUAUCGAUAGCAAAUGGAAUGAGGUUUUCCUGUAUUUGAUAAGCCAAAUUGAACAAGAGUGUGACGAAUUGAUUGAUGUGUUGGCAUUUUCCGAUAACACCAGUACAGAUGGGAACUCUACAAUUAGCGAGGAUAUUGGAUCGAGGUAUAAAGUUUGUUCAAACUCGAUCAAUUUGAUUGAAGGUGCUAUCAUGGAGAGCAUUGUCACUGAUAAGGACAUCUCCCUUAAGUUUAACAAAAAGUUGCACCCAAAAUGGAUGGAAGUUAAUGAUUUGAUUUUGCGCGCUAAAGCUGACCUGGAUAUCCAUGAUAUCAAUCUUCAACGAAAGAGGGGAUCAAUGGGAAAUACCAGAGGACUACGUCAAUUUCGUACCACGUCAAAGAACUCAGUUCAUGAAUUUGAACGUCCUAUGAGCAAUGGAAUGGGAAUAGACUUUAAUGUCGAUGUUGAAUCAGUUACAAUGCCGUUGAGUAUCUCAAAAAAGGAUAGAGUCAAGGAUUUUCUUACUGAAGAGAAACCCAAGGCAAAAAGCUUGAAAAGCACUUUAAUUCAAGUGUUUGAAGGUAUGAAAAUUCAAGAUAAAGAAGACGAAGAGGAAACGCUAGUCAAAACGCCUUUGCUCAAGGGACCAGCAGAUGUAACACAGACAAAACAGAGACAAAAAGCAGUUUCAUUCGAUUUUGAUAGUUACACAAACAAUGUUUUAAAUUCAAGUUCACGUCCCGCGUCAAGAUUACCACGCAUUGUGCCAAAUUAUAUUAAAUUGGGGUAUCCUAAAUUUCCUAAAACGAAGGGUUUCACCAAGAUCCCCGAAAUUGAUGUUACUCACCCUGUAUUUCAAUCUCCAUAUCGAGGGAAAAGUCAAAACAAUAACAACAACCAUACACUCCCCACUGGAAUCAAUGUAUCACCUCCUUCAUGGCAACACCAAACUGAUCCCUUUUAUGAAAGUCGAUCACGAGCCAAUUCAGAUGCUACUGUAAUUGGCCGGCCGAAUUCGCUAUUAAAUGAGACAAACAUUCCAAAUUUAUCAUAUUCUCGAAGACUAAGCUAUAAUUGCACGUCGCCAGAGCGGCCAUUGUCUUCAUUGGGUUCACGAUUUGAUGACGAAAAUUUGCUUAAAACGCUUCAUGAAAAUCGACCCAUUUGGAAAUAG